UAUAAAAGCCGCACGGUGCUCUGUCCAAGACACUCUGCCUUUCAGACGUCCCGCUCCUCCGACAACAUGCUCAGCAAGGUCGUAUUCCUCGCCAUCAUCGGCACUGCCCUGUCUCAGGUGUUCCUGCAGCAUGCACCUCUGGUUCAUCAUGCACCUCUCGUUCAUCACGCACCUCUGGUUGAGGUGAACCCACCUCAACCGUACCAUUUCAGCUACGAUGCCGUGAACCCCUUGGAGGGAUCCCACAACUUCCACGAGGAGUCCUCCGACUCCAACAACGCUCGCACCGGAUCUUACGGGUACACUGACGCUAACGGCGUUCAGCGCCGCGUCGACUACGUCGCCGACGCCGGAGGUUUCCGCGCCACCGUCCACACCAACGAGCCUGGAACCCAGACUUCCGCCCCUGCUGACGUACAAUACAACUCCGCCUACUAAGCAGUGAUCCAGGCGAACCCCUGCUGACUUCUUCCGAUUGCGUCGUAUCGAUGCUAGGAGUACUCGCAAGGAAGAAUGGCACAUGUAUUCGUAUUUAUACUGUGACUGUGUAUCGUUCAAUUUGUGCCCGAGUGUCAGUGUGAUGUAUGCGGCACCGGCGUGCUUCAAACGCAAAACGAAUUUCGUCAGAAGAAGAAUGAGUUGGACCAUCCACGGUGGAUCCCACGAUGCUGGUUUCCGGACCCUUGCCAAUAACGGUGCAUGAAACGUUGAUGCUUCAGAGCUUUGCUUUCGAGAAGAAAAAUGAAAAUAUAUGUUUUUUUCUUUAUCUAUACCACUGUCUAUCUAUGCGAUAUGUACGCGAUGCUUGCAGAAAAACAAAAAGAAAAACGCGAGAGAGACAGAUAGGCGGAAGUGGUCUUUGCCGGUGGCGGCCCGUAUUGAACGUGUCCUUAAUCUCUCGGUCGUGCAACUCCCAAGAGAGAGCGAUUCUGUAAGAAAACGGUGUGUCUCCGCGAAUGACGAGUGAGAAUAAAUGUUGUCAUGUCGAUUACA